CAUUCGUCUGGUUGUGUUAGUAUUUUUCAGCGAUUCCUUCUUAAUAUCGCUUUAGAAAAUAAGAUGAAGUCAAGUAUUGAGGAAUUGAAGAAGAACGGCGAAGGAUAGAGGUUGAAGACAUAACAAUAACAAUAAUAAUAAUGCGAACCCUUUGCGACGUUUGCGAAAACGCCGCCGCCAUUCUUUUCUGCGCCGCCGAUGAGGCUGCUCUCUGCUCUGCUUGUGACCACAAGAUCCAUAUGUGUAACAAACUUGCUAGUAGACACGUUCGGGUUGGCCUUGCUGAUCCCACUGAUGUUCCCCGCUGUGACAUAUGCGAAAAUGCACCUGCUUUCUUUUACUGUGAGAUAGAUGGUAGUUCGCUGUGUCUACAAUGUGAUAUGAUUGUGCAUGUUGGUGGUAAAAGAACUCAUGAAAGAUAUCUUGUAUUGAGACAGAGAGUUGAGUUUCCGGGUGAUAAACCUGUGCAAAUGGAAGAACUAGGGCUGCAACCACUGGAUCAAAAUGAAUUAAGCAAGGAUGAAAAUCAGUCACUCAAGCUAAAAACAAGAGAUUGUCAGCAGAAUCAGAGUGUUUCGCCGGUUCCAAGGCAAGAAAAUAAUAUUGAUGGUCAUGGAAAAAUCGAUAAAAAAUUAAUUGAUCUUAAUACUAGGCCACUGCGGUUAAAUGGACCAGCACCAAACAACCAGGAACAAGGUAUGGAAAUUUUAAGAGGCAAUCCAAUAGAGUCCUUCAAACAAGAGGCUGAGAAGUAAUAAAGGUACAACAUAUAGGACCAAAUGAAUGAGGGAAAAAUAGUUGCUUUCAAAUGGAUGAGCUGCAUAAACAAGAUCACUACUGCUUAGGGUAUAUAACAUAAUUGUUGUCUAGUAUAUAUCAUGUUUUCUUGAAGUAACUUAUGUUCAAUGCAUCCUUAACAUUUUGGCUUUCUUAAACUUAGUCUGACAGCAGGGGAACUGUUAGUUCGAUCAAAAACUUGAUAUUUUAUUACAUGUCUAUAUAUAUAUUUAAUUAAACCUUCAAAUUGUUGAAAUAUGCUGACUUCAGUUUCAGCACUUUGUUGAAAGGGACGGAAUGCUAAUGCAUUGGUUGAAGUAAGGACUCUUUAUGGCUUUUAUUUAUUUAUAAAAAUACACAGGGGAUGGAGUUGAUUAAAGAUGGUGUGGGUGGUUGUAUUCAUUUGUGAAAACUUUGUGAUAUUUCAUUAGAAUGAUAAAAUGAUGAUAAAUAGAAUGGUGUAGUAUUUGAACCGAGUCUCAAGGU